CAUUCUUCUGUUAUUUUUUCCGGGGAAUGGAAGCGUUCUUUCAGCAGGAAUGCUAAUUCUAUUUUCUUUAUAAAGCUAUGCGAUUAUCAUCACAUUUAAUAUAUACCGUAAAGGCGCGCAGAUGCGAUGUAUAAACCACAUACUCAAAUAUUAAACAAUAGGUGGGUGUGGCUAAAUUGACGCACCGACUUUGUUUGCGACAAGUAUCAAAGUUCUUCAGUCUGCAGGUGACACACAACAAUACAACUGAACGCAAUGGCCCGCUAUGAGCUUGUUAAACGAUCAGUAGCACUGAUCACCCUUACCAACCCACCAGUCAAUGCCUUGGGGCCAGCUAUAAGAACAUUUCUGGCAAAGUGGACUGUCAUUUUGUCUUUCAGUGCUGCAGUGCGUAAUGGCAUCAUAGAGACUAUUAAGCGUGCGUUGGGUGACCCAAAGGUGACGGCUGUGGUAUUAUGUGGAGAGAAUGAAAAAUUCUGUGGAGGUGCAGACAUCCGUGAGUUUGCUGGGCCUUUAAGAGGACCUUCCUUAAUAGCGUUGCUGGAUGGCAUAGAGGCAGGAGAGAAGCCUGUAGUUGCAGCCAUAGAAGGGGUUGCUUUAGGUGGAGGUUUAGAAUUAGCUCUCGCCUGUCACUACCGUAUUGCACACUCUAAGGCACGACUUGGACUUCCAGAGGUGACUUUGGGUCUUAUGCCAGCUGCUGGAGGAACACAGCGUCUUCCCAGGCUUAUUGGCAUUCCUGCUGCUUUAGAAUUGAUUACCACUGGUCGUCAUAUCUCUGCCCAGGAAGCUCUGAAGCUGGGCAUUGUUGAUCAGGUCACAGAUGAGAAUGCUUGUAAGAUGGCUGUGGAGUUUGCACUGAACACUGUAGGCAAGCCGCUAUCUUCCCGAAGACUGAGUACGCUCACCACGCCCUGUCCUCCGAACCUGGAUGCCGUCUUUGAAGCAGUAACCAUGCAGGUUCAAAAGAAGGCUCGGGGGGUCAUGGCACCGUUGGCAUGUAUUCAAGGAGUGCGGGCAGCUGCAACUUUGCCUUACAGUCAGGGUAUGAAGCGAGAGAGUGAACUGUUUGCCACUCUCUUUAACUCCGGCCAGGCCCGGGCUUCACAGUACUGCUUCUUUGCUCAGAGGACCGCUGGGAAAUGGACUCUGCCUAGUGGAGCGCAAUGGAACAACAGCAAGCCCAGAGAGAUCCGGAGUGCAGCUGUCAUAGGUCUGGGCACUAUGGGAAGGGGCAUUGUUGUCUCUCUUGCACGUGUAGGGAUUUCUGUCAUAGCUGUAGAGUCAGAAAAUAAACUCUUGGACACUGGCAGGCAGAUGGUGAUUGAUAUGCUGGAGAGAGACGCUAAAAGACGGGGAGUAACCGCCUCCCUUAACCUUCUCCGAUUCACACUCAGCUUACAGGACCUGAAAGAUGUGGACAUUGUUAUUGAAGCGGUCUUUGAAGAUAUGGCACUUAAGAAGCGUGUUUUCGAAGACCUUUCGAAAGUGUGUAGACCAGGCACUUUUCUCUACACCAACACCUCCGGGUUGGAUGUAGAUGCAUUAGCUGGUGUGACCGACAGACCUCACAUGGUAGCUGGGAUGCACUUCUUUUCACCUGCACAUGUGAUGAAGCUCCUGGAGGUCGUAUAUGGGCCACGUUCUUCAAGUGAAUCCAUUGCCACUGCGAUGAGCCUUGGUAAGAGAAUAGGAAAGGUGAGUGUUGCCGUUGGAAACUGCCAUGGAUUUGUUGGAAACCGCAUGCUAAAGCCUUACACAGAUCAAGCCAACUUUAUGCUGGAGGAAGGGGCCACACCUGAACAGAUAGAUAAGGUUCUUGAAGAGUUUGGUUUUGCCAUGGGUGUCUUCAGGGUGUCUGACCUCGCAGGCCUUGAUGUCGGUUGGAGAAUCAGGAAGGAAGCCGGGUUGACUGGGCCUAAGGUUGACUCAAAGGAUCCUCCACGUAGGCGCAAGGGGUCUAGAUACAGCCCAAUUCCAGACAUGCUCUGUGAGCAAGGCAGGCUGGGCCAAAAGACAGGGUGUGGCUGGUAUGUUUAUGACAAACCUGGGGGUACAGAUGCAAAGCCUGACCCGCUGAUCCAGAAUCUUCUUGAGACAUACAGGAGUAGGUACGGCAUCCAACCUCGCAAUAUCUCGGGUCUGGAAAUAAUCGAGCGAUGCAUUUUCUCCCUGGCCAAUGAGGGCUUCCGUAUCCUGGAGGAUGGCAUCGCUGCUCAGCCAGAGGAUAUUGAUGUCAUUUACCUGUUUGGUUAUGGUUUUCCGAGGCACAGAGGUGGGCCUAUGUUCUAUGCCAGCAUGGUGGGCCUGGAAAGAGUACUCGAGAGGUUAGAGCAUUACCAUCAUGUCCAUCCUGAUGUGCCUCAUCUGGAACCCAGUCGUCUGUUGAGAAAACUCGUGGCUUGUGGCAGCCCUCCUAUCCAGAAAUGGAAAGAGCAUAUCAAACAAAUACACAGCCAUCUGUAAGAUGGCCAACUUGCCAAAUACAGUGGUCUUAAUAAAAAGUUUUCUUUAUCAA